CUUAAUCGGGUAGUAAAUGCCUUAAUGGGGUAAUUAUUUCUUUAAAUAUUAUGCAUCUUUUUCUUUGUUGUCUGUUUGAUUUUUAUAGGAUGAAGUUGUGAUCUGUCCUUAUGAUUCCAAUCAUCAUAUGCCUAAAUCAUCUUUAGCAAAGCACAUGGUAUCGUGUAGAUUGAGGAAACUGGACUAUACAAAAGAAGAAGAGGAUGAAAUGUAUAAUCCUGAAUUUUUCUAUGAGAAUGUGAAUAUACCUUCAAUUACUUUGAAUAAGGACUCACAAUUACAGAUAAUCAAACAGGCUAGAACUACAGAUGGAAAAGAUGGUGAUUGUUCUAAUCAAAGGAUUUAUUCUUCGCUGCCUAUUGAAGUUCCUCUGAAUCACAAACGGUUUGUUUGUGAUCUAACCCAAGCUGAUCGUCUUGCCAUCUAUGAUUUCGUAGUUGAGGAAACAAAGAAAAAGCGUUCCAGUUCUCAGAUCAUUGAAAAUGACAGUGAUCUUUUUGUAGACUUGGCCGCUAAAGUCAAUCAAGAUAAUAGUCGAAAAUGUCCAAAAUCCUACCUUGAAAUCCUGGCAGAAGUGAGAGAUUAUAAAAGAAGACGCCAGUCCUAUAGAGCUAAGAAUGUUCACAUAACCAAGAAAUCAUAUACUGAGGUGAUUCGGGAUGUGAUAAAUGUACACAUGGAAGAACUUAGUAGUCAGUGGCAAGAGGAGCAGGAAAAAGCAGAAGAUGGUGCUAUAAAGAAGGAAGAAAGGCGAUCAGCUUCAGUAGAUUCAUGGCAGUCUGGUGGAAGCUAUUUGGAUGCUGAAUGUUCACGACAUAGGAGGGAUCGAAGUAGAAGCCCGCACAAACGAAAGAAAAGUAAAGAUAAGGAUAGAAACUUGGACUCAAGAAGAAGGAAAGAGAGGGAUGGAGAAAGACAUCGUAGUCAUAAAAGAAGAAAGCAAAAAAUAUGAAAAAUGACGUAGUUGUGCAUGUAUUAAUUAUGCUAUGCUGUGAUAACCAGUGUGCUGAAGUUUUCAUUGUAAUUGCCUUGAGUAGGGGAUGUGUUUAGUGCUCAGAUCACUAUUUUUCAAUAAACACUUAUGCCUUAAACCGUGA